AUGUUGGCAAUCAGGGAUGAAAUCCAUGGGAAUCUAGCUGAGAUUAUGUCUGAAAUUAAGUCACUCAGAUCUGAUCACAUCGUGCUGAAGAGAACUGUUGAUAACCUAGAAGCUGAUCUAAGUUCUUUAAAAUGCUCUGUCCAGUUGCAAACAGAGGAGCUAAACAGUCUAGAUGUACGAGUGAAAGAAAUCUCAACAGCUGCCUCCGAAAGGACCACUGUUGCUGUCUCCCACUUCGAGUCCAAGAUCGACGCUUUGGAGCAACAGGCAAGACAAUGUAAUGUGGAAAUCUGUAACAUUCCUGAGCGCCGCAACGAGAAUCUAACAGGUAUCGUCGAGGCCAUCGGCUCUGCGAUCAAGUUCCAGGUUGAACAAAGGGAUAUUGUUUCUAUUCAUCGUGUCCCGCAUGCCCAAUCAGACGGCAAUAGACCAAAAAAUAUAAUUGUCAAAUUUUGUACAAGAAUUCAAAGAGACAACUUUCUCAGCUCUUUUCGGAAAGGAAAAACAUUAAAAACGGAUCAAGUGGGCAUCCCCGGAACUUCAUCCGCAAUAUUCAUUAAUGAACAUCUGACUUUGAAAAGAAAGCAGUUAUUUCGGAAAUGCCGCGAGUUCGCUAGAAAGAACCAGUAUAAGUACGUGUGGAUCAAGAAUGCAAUAGUCCUUCUUCGUGAGCGGGAUGACUCAGCUGCCUUCGCUAUCCGAUGCGACGAUGACCUCGCCAAAAUCGUGCCAAAAAAGAAUGCUCGGAUCUCUUAA